AGUUUUCUUUCUUAAACAUAAGACAACUGAAAAUAGUUUGAAACUGAAAAUUAAAAUCUUAUUUAUGUGAAAAGUGUAUAAUGUUGAAGACUUUUGUUUCUGAUCAUGUUUUUUAUAUUGUUAUAAUACUUCUAAAGCCUUGUUCAGAGUAGGAGCGUCGCGCGACGCGAUGCGAUAGCGUUGUGUCGAGUGUUGCUUCGUCGAUUUAGUAUUGUUAACCAUUCUUGUAAUUUUAUACAAUGUAAAAUGUCAGCAUGCUGAGUAUUUCUCUUACCUUCAAAUACCGCUAGAGGGCAGCUCCAAUCUGGAUUAUAUUAAAACAAAAAUGGGCUACAAAAAUCCAUCGGACGCCACCACGAGGCAUGAAGCACCGAAAAUCAGACAAAUCAAAGAAUCCUUCGAACCACCGACGCUGUUCACCAAAGCCAUCACUCAAAUGAGCUUCUACGUCCUGAUGAUACUCGGCUACCUCAGCUACUUCCUCUUUCCCCCCAAGUUGGUCAAAGAGAAGAACCGAGAAGGUUACAAAUCCCUCUUGGAUAGCUUCGCCGCUUUCUAUUCGCGAUACGUGUACAGAAGGAUCAGGGAUUGCUGGAAUUACCCCAUUUGUAGCGUUCCUGGGCACCAGGUGGUGCUGAAGGACAGAAUUACCAGGGAUAAUUGUUGGACGUUCGAGUUCACUGGUUCCACCACGAAAUGUCUAAACCUAGCUUCUUAUAACUACUUAGGCUUCGCAGAGGCUUCUGGGCCUUGCGCCGAGAGUGCAAUCAAGACGAUCUACACUCACGGGAUUAGCACUGGCGGUACCAGACAGCAGUAUGGCACGUGCGAGCUACAUGAUGAAUUGGAGAAACUAACGGCUGAAUUUCUUUGCGUCGAAGAUGCCGUUACUUUUGGAAUGGGCUUCGCCACGAAUUCUUUGAACAUUCCUACUCUCGUGGAUAAUGAGUGCUUGGUGAUCAGCGACGAAAAGAAUCACGCUAGCGUUAUUCUGGGGAUCAAGCUUAACAGUCCGAGGAUUAGGGUGUUUAAGCAUAAUAACGUUCAACACUUAGAAAAACUCUUGCAAGAAGCCAUCUACUACGGUCAACCCAAUCAACCAAAAAACACUCACAAACCUUGGAAAAAAAUCCUAAUCAUCGUCGAAGGUGUGUAUAGCAUGGAAGGCACGAUUUGCCGCCUUCCAGAGAUCAUAGCCCUCAAGAAGAAGUAUAAAGCGUAUUUAUAUUUGGACGAGGCGCAUAGUAUUGGAGCGAUGGGUAAGCACGGCAGAGGCAUCGUUGAUUAUUUCGAUUGUGAUCCCAAAGACGUGGAUGUAUUGAUGGGGACUUUUACCAAAAGUUUCGGUGGUGCUGGUGGUUAUCUCGCUGGUUCAAAGGAAUUUAUAACGUUUAUUCGAGAGCACAGCCACGCUUCCCGUCACGCUUGGGCGAUGUCGCCGCCAGUGGCAGCCCAAAUCAUCUCGGUAAUCAAAAUAAUCCUGGGCAAGGACGGUACGAACGAGGGACAAAGAAGGAUAGAACAGCUAGCCAGGAACACUCGAUAUUUCAGGCGGAGAUUAGAGCAAAUGGGACUGAUCGUACAUGGUAAUGAAGAUUCGCCUGUGGUUCCUAUUUUAGUGUAUCUCUAUUCGAAAAUCGCGGUGACGGUACGAUCGCUGAUCAAAGCAAAAAUCGCCACGGUGGGAGUGGGAUAUCCGGCCACUCCUCUGACCGAGAGCCGGAUACGGAUCUGCCUAUCGGCCGGGCACACCAAAGAGCAUCUCGACUACGCUUUGGACGUGAUAGAAAAAGUUGCCGACGAUUGCGGUCUCAAGUAUUCGAGAAGGAAACGAGACACUCGGCCCAUAGAAUACGACAAAAUCAAAAUUUAUAUGGACUACUAGUAAUUGUAAAAAAUAGGUCUUAUCACAACUUAUGGGAAAAAGAACGGUUGUAAGUGGAAAGCGGGAAAAAGCGCCGUAAAAUAUGUUUUCGAUAAAAUUUUCCUCAUUCAAUAGAAUAUUCUUUGUUUAAUAUAAUGUUCUCUGCUUUAAAACGUAGGCUAAGAGAAAUGCAUAUUCUGGAUGAUAACAGAGUUAACUCACAAAAUGUUUUUUGUAUAUGCGAAGUGAAAUGUUCUAUUCUGCCUUACGAGACGAACAAUUGCAACAUAAAAUAUUAGAUGUUUUUACAUUGAAAUAUAUUCUUUGAAAAUAAAAUGUUCCUCUUUCAAUAACAAUCUUCAUUGUCUUAUAAAAUGUUCUCCGCUUUAAAUCAUAGGCAUCGAGAAAUAAAAUGUUCCGGACGAUAAUAAAGUUAACGAAAAAAUGUUCUUUAUAAAUGUUCAUGCGGAGUAAAAUGUUCUGUCCACCUAUGAAAUGAAAAAAUUUUAUAGUGGAACAUCGCAAAAUAACAUUUUAGUUGUUUUCGCAUGGAAAAUAGUCUUUGAAUAAUACUCUAGUGAGACGUAACACGUUCCAAACAAAGACAUAAAACGUCAGUAAAAAAUGGUACUUUCCCUCGAAAUGAAAUGCCUUUGGAAAGAUAAAUGUUCCUAGAAUGUCACAUAAUAAAAUGUUUUGAGUAAACAUAAAUAAACGAAAAAGAUAUUCGCCAAAUGUGUGCUAGCAAACUGACUAAUUUUGUUUAAAGAUUGUUCUUUGAGUACCAGAACAAAGUAAAUUGCUCUCUGUAAAAGUCUAGUUAAUCUAAAACAUGUUCCCUGAAGGCUAUUAUUUUCUGGCUAAAUGACAUUUUCCUGGCAAUAUCAGUUGAGUUAUAGUAUUUUAAUUAAUUUACUAACGAAAAAUGUUCUUAGCAAAAACAAAACUAAAUAUUGUGUACAAAAAACGUACAAAAUAAAAAGAAUUAUAGAAUGCAUCAGUUUCUGAAUUAUCAAACAAAGUAAAAUGUUCCCAGAAACAGAUCACAAAAAUUAUUUCAAUACAAAAUAUUGCUGCAAAAUAAAAUAUUUCUAAAUAUUUUUAACUUAUUAAAAUUUUCGUAACGAAAAAAUUAUAAAAUUAAAUGGUCUUGGCAAAAAAUACUCAAUUAACAAAUGUUUCCUGAUUUAAAUAAAUAUUUUUUAUUUUAAUGAAUCACUAACAAAACAUUUUUCGAAAAAUAAAAUGUUCUUAGCAAAGUGUAAUUAAAGAAGAAAACAUAGUUCUUAAAAAUAUAGUCUAGCAAAAUGAAAUGUUCUAGACAAAAAACGUUAGAUAUGAAAAACAUAUUCUUUAAAGAGGAAAACAGUUUCUGAAUUCUCGAACAAAAUAAAAUGCUCCAAGAAAAACUUUUAAUUAAAAUGAUUCUAAAAAUGUAUUGAAAUGUUCUGUAUAUUAAAAAAUGUUUUGAAUUCUUGAAAAAUGUAAAAUGUUCCAAGAAAAACAGUUAAUAAAAAAUUAUUUCAAUACAAAAUAUUGCAGUUAAAUAAAAUGUUUCUAAAAAAGCAUUGAAAUGUUCUGUAAUUUAAAAAAAUGUUUUUAAAGAAGGCAACAGUUUUGAAGUCUUGAAAAAUGUAAAAUGUUCCAAAAAAAAAUUAUAAUAAAAAAAUUAUUUCAAAAAAUAUUGUAGCUAAAUAAAAUGUUUCUAAAAAAAGCAGUGAAAUGUUCUGUAAAUUAAAAAAUAAUUUUUAAAGACGUCAACAGUUUUGAAUUAUCGAACAAUGUAAAAUGUUCAGACAAACGUUAAUAAAAAAAUUAUUUGAGUAAAAAAUAUUGCAGCAAAAUUAAAUGUUUCUUUGAAUUUUCGAACAAAAAUGUUCUAAGAAAAACAGUUAAAAAUGAUUUUAAUACAAAAUAUUGAUGCAAAAUAAAAUGUUCCUAAAAAUAGCAAUGAAUUAAAAAAUGUUAUAGCAAAAUAAAAUUGACUUGGCAAAAUAUACUAAUCUUUAAGAAAUUUUUUCAUUAUAUAAGUAAAUAUUUUUGAAGUAUGUGGUUUAAAAAUGUAGCAGCUAACAUUGACUUAUCGCGUCAUUCAUAUAUUAAUGGGCAUUUUAUAUGGCGCGGUUUUCCGUCCGAUUUCCACCGCUCUUUUUCCCGCACGAUAUUUCUUCUGUACAGCUUGUCGCUACUGCUGCUGACACCGGCUUGAUUAAUGUUUUUAUAAACGAUUUUUUAUAAUAACGCUGAUAAAUUUUUAAAAUGUAUUUUUUCCGGUUUUUGUUUCCUUUUAUUUGUAUUUUUAUUUAAUUUUGUUCACAAAUAAAACGUACAGGAUGGCGUUUCACUAUAAACACGAGUCGUAAUAUUUUUGAGACGUCCUGUAUAAAAAAACUACACAAGGGUCGUUUUUAAACCCACUUUUUUAUUUAUAGGAACGAUUUGUACAAGACUUAUUUAACAAAUUAAUAAAAAUUCUACCUACGUGCAGGGUUUUACAUUAAUAGCGUUUACAGUCGAACUUUACAUGAUACAUAAAAGACCGUUUCUCUAUUUUAAAAUGCCGUUAUUUCCUUACUAAAUUACUUAAUAGAUGACAUAGAAGUGGAAAGGCGCCUUAACUUAAUCACCAGUAAUGUUUGGAAUUUAUCUUUUUUGAAUUGAUUUGUUUCCUUUCUGUUAUUUGAGCGAAAUUUCUUUGGUUUUGGUGAUGGGUAGCAGUUUCGUUUCCAAAAGUACUUUCAUUAUUCAGUUGAGUUUUAGUCACCCGGGACCAAUCGGGUGAAUAAGGAGGCUGUGAUAUAGCUGACACUGGCAUAGUACAUCUAAUGACGUUUCUGUGGCAUAUAUCGCUUUUCUUCUAUUUCAAAAUGGCGUCCUUUCCUUAUUUAAUUGAGUUUUGGUCGCACGGGAUUAAAUCAGGUGAAUAAGAUGGCUGUGGCGACGGUUAAAUGGCCUACAGAUAGUGUGGAAAUGAAAAGCUGCUUUAAUUUAAUCAUUAAUAAAUAUUUUGUUGUGCAUAAUUUCAUCUGUUUUCAGAACGUUUCAGGAAUUUCCCUUUGUUCAUAUUGAUUUAUCUUUUGAUAUUGAUCUUUUUUUUUGUUUUGUUAGUGGAAGCAAGUCUUUUAUUGUUCAAAAUGCUUUUAUUUAGUUGCGCGUUGAAGUCACCCGGGACCAAAUCGGGUGAGUAAGAAGGCUAUGGCUUCGCUGAAACGAUAUAAAACAUCAAAAAGUUAUCUAAAGAUAGUACAGGAUUGGAUGGCGGCUUAUAAACAUCUGAAAUCGUUAAACCAACACGUAAAGGCAGCUAUAUACGCCAAACGUGUCGUUUUCGCCGUCAGCCUCAUCUAGUUAAGAGAUAGUUAUCAUCGCGCGCCAUUACUGACAUUACAUCUACUUACUGACGUUUCUGUAGGAUAUAUCGCUUUUCUUUUUUUUUUUCAAAGUGGCGGCCUUUCCUCACUAAAAUAAGUCGGUCGCGCGGGAUCAAAUCAGGUGAAUUAGAUGGCUGUGGCGGAGGUGAAAUGUCUGAAAUCUCGAAAACGUCUAUAAAUAACGUAGUGAACAGGCGUCUUAACGCAAUCGCCAGUAAUAUUUUGUCGUACAUAAUUUCACCCGUUUUCAAAGAAUUUGAUUGUAUUGAUUUGUUCUCUUUCCUUUAUUUGAGCGUCUUGGUAACGCUGGCAAGUUUUGUUGCCGUUUCAUUAUGUGCUUUCAUUAUUCAAUUGAGUUUUUGUCACGCAGGACCAAAUCGGGUGAGUAAGUAGGCUGAAACGACAUAAAAUGUCAAAAAUUUGUCUAAAGAUAGUGCCGAUGUGGAUGACGGCUUAUUAUAAACGUCUAAAAUCGUUGUAGCAACACGAAUGCUUUUGAGGUCUGUACGAUAUAAACGUCUGAAAUCGUUUUAUCGAUAUGUAAGGGGCAGCGUGAUACGUCAAACAUGACGUGGUAUAGUAAAUCUACUGAGGUUUUUGUAACAUAUAUCGCUUUUCUUCUGUUUCAAAAUGACGUCGUUUCCUCACUAAAUUCAAUUUGGUCGCUCGGGAUCAAAUUAGGUGAGUAAUAUGGCUGUGACGACGGUGAAAUGUCUAUACAAUUUCAAAAACGUCUAUAGAUAGAUAGCUUGAAAGUGAAAAAGUGCCUUAACGCAAGCGCCAUUAAUGUUUUGUCGCACACAAUUUCACGCGUUUCCAGAGUGUUUCCAUUUUUUCGUAUUGAUUUGUCCUCUUUGGGUUAUUUGGGCUAUCUUUUAAUUUGUUUUGUUAAUGGGAGUCUUUUGUCGGUUUAAAAUGUGCUUUCAUUAUUCAAUUAGUUACCCAGGAUGAAAUCGGGUGAGUAAGGAAGCUUAAACGAUAUAAAACGUCAAAAAGUUGUCUAAAUAUAGUGCCGAAAUGAAAGGCGGCUUAUAAGCUUACAAUAAACAUCAGAAAUAAUUGGACCAACACGAAUGCUUCUAUUUAAAAAAAAAAAAAACUGCAAUUGUUUUGAUUUGCUGUUUCUGAGAGGUACUUAUUAUUUUUGUGAACUUUCUUCGGACUUGGUAGUCCCAGCAAGUUAGUUUACUCUUGUUUUAAAACGGUAUUCUUCGGUUUUUGAAUCUAUUAUACGUAGAAUUUUAGAUCAGGUCAGUGUGAGGGCUGUGGAAGCGAUGACAUGUUUAUAAACCUCAAAAAGACGUUGCAAAAGUCGAUAUCGGCUUAUAAAAACUUCUAAUCGUUGGACAAACCUAAAUACUGCUUUGGAGUAUUUUAGAAACUAUCUGUGAUAGUAUCUAAGAAGUACCUCUGUUAUUUCUACUAACUUUGGUAUCGGUUGUCCUAGUAAAUCUUCUCCUAAUUCAAAACGGUAUCUUUUGGUUUCUGAAUCGAUUUUUUAGACAUACAGUACAAAAUCAGGUGAGUAAGAAGACCGUUACAGCAUUGAAAUGACUUAAAACGUGAAAAUGUACCUACUUUUUGACAUACAGUUUUAGGAUCAGGUGUGGAAGAGAUCAAAUGCAUAUGAACGUUAAAAAAUUGGUCUAAAUACAAUAUGGAAGUGAAUAGUGGCUUAUUGUAUAAAUCUGCAAUCUUUGGACAACCACAAAUUGAUUGAUUUUUUCUCUGAGAGCUAACUGUCAUUCCUGCAAGGUUUAUUUAGUCUUGCAGCAACAAAUAGUGUAAUUUCUUUACUUAAUUGACUUUUAGUCAUACAGAUCUAAAUCAGGCCAAUAAAAAGGCUAUGGCAGUGUCGCAAUGCAUUUAAGUGGCAAAAAAUUGUGUACAAAUAUUGUUAAAAUGGUUGAAUGGCUGUUUAAUCACCGAACAAUAUUACUUCAUUAUGACACGACCAAAUUCCUUGACAUAGAUGCUAAACAAACUUCUAUCCAGUAAUAUCGACAUUAAGAAUCUGAGCUUGGUAUAAUCUUUAUAAAUCUCCCGCAUCUAUUUUUAAUAACAGCAAUAUAAUUGUGGAAACUGCCAGGGCUCGAUUAUUUUGGCAGAAGAAUAUUCAUAAGAAUCAUGCAAAGUUCUACUUUUAGAUCAAGAAAACUGCAAGUGUUCUUUCUAUGUGAUGUCGUCUGACCAAUUCUCUUUCUAAAGCUUUCGCGUGAUUCUUCUGUGUCGCAUUUUGAUUGGCUAAAGAGUAUAACGGUCUAAUAUCUUGUCGGAAGUGCUGCAAGCGCGAUGUCUACGUCAGUGUUGCGGUUUUUAAUUCGUAGAAUUGAUUGUAUAGAGCUGGCCUUAUAAGUUUGGAUUAAUGCAAUAUGUUGAACGUUUUUUCAAUAUGUACUUAAGUCCACUAAAGUUUGGAGCUGUGUGACUGACGUUGCGCCUACAAUCUUAAUUUGGAUUAUGCGCGUAGGGACAAAACGACUAGACUAGAUUAGAAGAAUUUUAUUUACAUGUUAAAAAUCUUUAUUUACAUAUCAAAAAUAAAUAAAAAAAAUCGCCAUAACCGAGUUUGGGGACUUUUAAUGCGGGACCAUGAAUGAUAAAUCCGCCUAUUAAAAUCAUUUUUGAUUUCUCUCCUUACCUAAACGGUAUUAUUAGGGGAGUUAUGUUUAUUUUGGGAUCGGGAAUGGAAAUGUGUUUAGGGAUUUGUUGUGUUUUAAUUAUGGAUUUGUCCCCUUAAAAUGCUAAUAAAAAUAGGGUUGUUCUCGUGUGUGCGUUGAUCUUGUGUAAAGGACGUGGGUGAUUAAUACAGUUCACAUGCUAAGUAAGCGAUGUGCUAUCCGGGAGAGCCCCGAUCGAGAAUGUAAAGAGUUUCCGAUUGGUGUUCUGUCGGCCAGCCCACCGCCCAUUAUUCUUUUGAAAACAAUCGAGUCCUAGUUGUGGUCGUUUACAAGCAUAGAGUUUGAUGUACUGGCAAAUUGGAUACCUUCCAAUUCUAUACAGGACUUGGUUGACUGGUCCCACUGUGUCUAUAAGCGACAAUGUAAGAAAAACUAAAAUCAAGCAUGGUCUGUCGUUGAGUUAGAGAAGGAAAGUGAGUUUCAUGCUUUAAUCUUUGUGGCUUGUAAAAUCAAAAUAAAUCUAUUUAAAAUAUUUCCUAUCGGAAUUUUAAGCGCUUGAUAGUAAGUUCAUAUCAAUUAAAAAUAAAAUAAAAAUCAUAGACGCUACCUGGUAUAUGAAUUUUCACAUAUCUUCAGUCUUCAACAAUACACGUACCUCACGCGACUAAAUUGAUGCCAUCAGUUUGUUAAAAAUCACGUUAUAAUGUUACUGACCUAUUUGACAGAACUGAUACUUCAGUUGUCAUAAAAGUCUGUAAGAAAGGCGAGUAUCAUUCAAGCCAUAUUCUGGCGGUCUCUUUGGUUUAAAAAUAUUUUCAACAACUUUUAGAACUAGUUUUAAUACUACGUCACAGAUUUUGAAAGCGCUCAAAUAGAUGAUUUUAAAACAGUGAUGUCACUGACAGAUAACGAUUUGUGAGUGUGUAAAUCUCUAGCAAUAGAUAAUAUUUUGCCUUUGUCAACGAGAAGCUCAUAUAAUAUUACCACAGUUUUAUGAAAAAUAGAUCGGUAUUUAGAAUCCGACUUCAACCAGUUAUUUAGAAUUAUAAGGUCAAGUUUUCAAAACUUAUAAACCUUCAUAAUUAUGCAUUUUCAAAUUUUUCUUAUAACCAUGAAUAUUCUUUUUUAUCAUAAAUUUUAUUAUGUAUGCUAUGCUUUAUGACGUUCGUUACUAUUUUUGACAUUAAUGACAUUUGUAUUUCCUUGAACCGUUCUUAAUGAAACGUUUCAAAAAUAGAUGCAGGUGGUUUAAACCUAAUUCAACGUGACGUCAUUGUUUGGUUAGUCGAAUGGGAAUAGUUCAAACCGUUUUCAAACCAGUUGACCGCUCGAAUAUGGCUUAAAUUUCUUGUUUUACUAGAACACAUGAAAUUGGGGUAUUAGUGAAGACUCGUUACAUAUAAUUUACAUUGUGUUCGUUUUAUUGAUAAGUAUAAAGAAUACUUUUUUGGUAUUGUAGAUCUGAACAGUUUUAGGAUCGAUUGAUGAGUACAAAAAUUAAAAUGUUAUAUUAUUAUAUCGAAAAUUUUAAAUAUUA